AUGCCCCCACAGGCCCAGAAGAGGCGAUACAGAGACGACACAGAAUCGGAUAUGGAUGAGUUUGUAGCCAAUAUGCCAACUCUCGAUCAGAGCGAGUUGGACCUUCUCAAACAGAUCGGGAAGGGGCCCUAUUCAUCUGAGCUGGAAAAGCUAGAGACGUCCAUAACGCGCCUAGCCAACACCAUUAAGACAAACUCCGGCCUCGAGGAUCUUGACUGUGGCCUAGCGCCUCCAAGCCAAUGGGACAUUGAGGGAGAUGCAGCGAUUGUACGCAACUUCAUGGCAUUGCAAAUAGCAACAAUUACCAACAUACUGGGCUAUGACAACACAGUUAUAACACCUACCGGAGUCGCUCCACAGCAAGGCGGACCUGCCUCUUCGCAUGACCCAGGGGCUGCACUUCAGGAAGCGGCGAGCAAGAUCCCCAGACCCCCUGACUCUGACACAUCCGCCUCCGCUGAUCUGCACACGCUUGACGGAGGCGACCUGGGGGUUCCUCAGCUCUUUUCCGACCAGUCAAGGCGGUUUGGGGGCACACAGCCUGUGUGGCGUGCAUGCAUCGAUCUUUUUGGGCACCUCAACUACGUUGUCAGCAAAGAUGAAAACAUAGCGCCAGCAGACCUUGAGGAGGGCAUGCGCGUGGCCUGCGACCGCUCCAAGUAUGCCAUCCGUUUUCCUCUGCCGCCUUUGAUUGACCCUCUUGUUUCCCUUAUGCAGGUUGAUGAUAGACCUAACCUAACGUACAGAGACAUUGGCGGUUGCGCUAAGCAGCUGAAGCUGAUACGCGAGUCUCUAGAGCUUCCGCUGCUCCAUCCUCAGAGAUUCACAAACCUGGGCAUAGAGCCUUGCAAGGGCCUCUUGUUCUACGGCUCUCCGGGCAGCGGCAAGACCCUCACAGCCCGUGCAGUGGCCAACCGUACAGAGUCCACUUUCAUUCGUAUUCUGGGCUCGGAGCUCAUCUCGAAAUACUCCAGCGAGGGAGCACGACUAGUUCGUGAGAUCUUCAGCUUGGCGAGGACAAAGAAGUCAGCGAUCCUCUUCUUUGACGAAGUAGAUUCGUGGGGGCUGAAGAGAUCAGUUAAUGCAAGUGAGACAGGAGACACUGGGGUACAGAGGACGAUGCUUGAGCUAAUCACGCAGCUGGACGGGUUCAAGCAGAGGGGAAAUGUGAAGGUGAUCAUGGCGAGCAACAGGCCAGACAUCCUGGAUGCUGCACUGACGCGUCCAGGGAGAAUUGAUAAGAAGAUAGAGUUUGGCUUGCCGGACCAGAAGGGCCGUGAAGAAAUAUACGAGAUCUACCUCCGGAAGAUGAGCGUAGAAAAGAACAUCCGCGUCAAGCUUCUUGCGCGCCUCAGCCCCAACGCCAGCGGAGCCGAGAUACGCUCAAUAUGUACAGAGGCAGGCAUGUACUGUUUGCGUGAUAAAAGACGUCUGAUCUCCGAGGCCGACUUCCUGAAGGCCAUCAACAAGGUGGUCAAAGACUAUCGACGGCUCGUCUCCACAGCCAAGUACCUUGUAGCAAACAAGCUCUGA